UUUCGGCGUACCAACGCGUUCGCUUUCCCGAAAUACUCCCCCCUCUUCCCCCGAUACAAAGCGCGAGGGCGGGCGCGGCAGCCGCACGGCACAAUUGCACCGCACCCUGCCUCCUCCCCCUUCCCCUGUGGCCUUGUCCUUGACCUCUCGGCACUACCGCACCCUGCUCCUCGCUACCCAAACACGCGCACCAGCCGCACCAACAAAGAUUACAGGGCGCGCCGGCGUGCCGCAGGAGAGGGAGAGGCGGCCGGUAAAGGCCCAGGCUUUGGCUUGUUGCGGCGGGGUGGGAGUGGGGGUAAACCGAUACAGAGCCAUGGCUCCGAGCUGCUACGACGUGGCAGCGUCCAUGCUGCUCUGCGCCGAGGAGCACAGCAGCAUCCUGUGCUUGGAUGAGGAGGAGGAAGAGGACGUGGCGGCGGCGGCGGAGUUGCCGGGGAGGAAGAGGGGCCGGUCGCCGGGCUGCGGGGACGGGUUCGGCGCGGAUUUGUUCCCGCCGCUGUCGGAGGAAUGCGUGGCCGGGCUGGUGGAGCGGGAGACGGAGCACAUGCCGAGGUCGGACUACGGCGAGCGGCUGCGCGGCGGCGGCGUCGAUCUCUGCGUCCGCCGAGAGGCCGUCGAUUGGAUUUGGAAGGUCUACGCAUACUACAACUUUGGUCCCGUCACUGCCUACUUGGCCGUGAACUACCUUGAUCGUUUCCUGUCACGGUACGAGCUGCCGGAAGGCAAAGACUGGAUGACGCAACUGCUCUCGGUGGCGUGUCUUUCUCUGGCCGCCAAGAUGGAGGAAACCUCUGUCCCACAAUCUCUGGACCUUCAGGUCGGAGAUGCGCUGUAUGUGUUUGAGGCGAAGACGAUCCAGAGAAUGGAGCUCCUUGUUCUAAGCACCCUCAAUUGGAGGAUGCAGGCCGUGACCCCUUUCUCCUACCUGGACUACUUCCUAAACAAGCUCAACGGCGGCGCUCCGGCGCCAAGAAGCUGGCUCCUUCAGUCGGCAGAGCUUAUCUUGUGUGUAGCUAGAGGCAUCGGUUGCAUAGGCUUCAGACCUUCUGAGGUCGCCGCCGCCGUCGCAGCUGCCGUGGUCGAAGCAGCGGGCGUCGCAGGCAUUGAAAACGCCUGCGCCCAUGUCGACAAGGAGCGGGUGUUGCGGUGCCAGGACGCGAUCCAGUCCAUGGCGACCCCGGCCAUUAACACUGUGCCACCGAAAUCUGCAAGCGGCAGCGGCAGGGUAUCCCCUGGGCCGCAGAGCCCUGUGGGGGUGCUGGACGCUGGCUGCCUGAGCUACAAGAGCGACGACGACGCCGUGGCAGCGGCGACUGUUGCUUCACAUGGGGCCUCGGCCUAUGGUUCGGCGACGGCCUCCCCGGUCACCAGCAAGAGGAGAAAAAUCACCAGCAGAUGAUGGAUAUCUCGCCCUGAUCAGUCAAAGUGCGCGCCCAACGAUUCAGAGUGAAUUGACUAGUCCGCUUUUGGUUUUUUUACCGCGCCAAUCAUCUUCAUGAAGAAAAAGGUCAAAUGGUGCUGUUUGCAUUGAGACUUGAGAGGAGGAAAGGACAAAGGAGGGCGUUUUUGACAUGACGAGAGGGCAAGAAGUUGAUGAAUAAAGAUGUGAGGUGGACAACACCUAAAUUGCUGGGCUUUUUGUAUGGAGGGGUAGACAGCCAGCACAACCUUGGUGCGCCACAAAGGGCGCCGAAUCGUGGCUUUGUUGGAACACAAAGGCCGUGUUUAGUUGGGGAAUUUGGGAGGUGCCAAAUUACUGUUACAGCACUGUAGCACACUGUAGCGUUUCGUUUGUAUUUGUAAAUUAUUGUCCAAAUAUUGACUAAUUAGGCUCAAAAGA